UUUUCAGCCGUCCAAUAAACACGAACUAUAUAGGUAAUUCAAACGUCCACGACGAGAGCCGGUGGCGCUUGGCCCACUACACAGUGCACUGCUGCUGCUGCUGCUUCAGCUUGACGUUAUUCUUCUUUGGUUACGGAAACGCGCGCGCGUUAGUUUGCUUGCGCUGCUGUUCAAUUUGUUUGGCAAUCAACUCUACAGCUUUGCCCGUUGAAUCGUUGAAAAGUACGCCGGAUAGCUGGUGAAUCUCGACUCGAUCGAGUCAACGACGCUCUUGGUUAACGAUAUCGCACAUCUUCUCUUCGGAUUAAUCCGCAACAAACAUGGAUUUCUUGGAGUAUCCCGAUAUAACCGCUGAGGUUAAGGGCGCCAUGACGCCUGGAAGAUUGAAGCUGACCGAUCAGCACUUGAUCUUCAAAAACUUGAAAACUGGAAAAGUUGAGCAAAUUCCAGGCUCUGAUAUGGAAAUGGUCAAUUUCCAAAAGUUUGUGGGUACUUGGGGACUCAGGAUAUUCUUGAAGAAUGGAACUUUGCACAGAUUUCGAGGAUUCAAAGAUAGUGACCAGGAAAAAAUUGCCAAGUUUUUCAAAACCAACUACAAAAAAGAUAUGUUGGAAAAAGAGCUGAGUUUGAAGGGUUGGAACUGGGGCACAGCUAAAUUCUGUGGUUCAGUAUUGAGUUUUGAUGUUGGUCAUCAUACUGCUUUUGAAAUUCCUCUUUAUGACGUUUCACAAUGCACUACUGGCAAAAAUGAAGUUACACUGGAAUUUCAUCAAAAUGAUGAUGCCCCUGUUAGUUUAAUGGAGAUGCGAUUCCAUAUUCCAGUUAGUGAUAAUAGUGAGAAAGAUCCUGUUGAAGAGUUUCAUAAAGAAGUUAUGGAGAAAGCGUCUGUCAUCAGUGUUAGUGGUGAUGCAAUUGCUAUCUUUAGAGAAAUUCAAUGCCUUACACCUCGUGGUCGCUACGAUAUUAAGAUUUUCAAUUCAUUCUUCCAACUUCAUGGAAAAACCUUCGACUACAAAAUCCCCAUGUCUACUGUUCUCAGGCUCUUUUUGCUGCCACAUAAAGAUAGCAGACAGAUGUUCUUUGUCGUAAGUUUAGAUCCACCAAUCAAACAGGGUCAAACAAGGUAUCAUUACUUGGUUAUUCUUUUUAAUCAAGAAGAAGAGACAUCCAUUGAACUACCUUUCACAGAGAAAGAGUUGUCUGAAAAAUAUGAAGAUAAGCUUACUAAAGAAAUUUCAGGACCUACUUAUGAAGUUUUAGGGAAAGUUAUGAAAGUCAUUAUUAAUCGAAAACUUACUGGUCCUGGAUCAUUUGUUGGUCAUUCUGGAACUCCAGCAAUUGGCUGUUCAUUCAAAGCUGCUGCAGGUUACUUAUAUCCAUUGGAAAGAGGAUUUAUUUAUGUUCACAAACCCCCUAUUCAUAUUCGAUUUGAUGAAAUUGCAUCAGUGAACUUUGCCAGAGGAGGUGGUUCCACUAGAUCUUUCGAUUUCGAAAUUGAACUGACUACUGGAGUUAUUCACACAUUCAGCAGCAUAGAAAAAGAAGAAUAUGGAAAACUUUUUGAUUUUAUUAAUAAUAAAAAACUUCGCGUUAAAAAUAGAGGCAAAAGUGAUAAACCAAGCUAUAAUGAUGACUUUGGUGGUAGCGAUCAAGAAGAUGAGCCUGAUGCUUAUCUAGCUAGAGUCAAAGCUGAAGCUAAAGAAAGAGAUGAUGAUGACGAUGACGAUGAUGAAUCUACUGAUGAAGAUUUCAAACCUACUAAUGAAGAAAGUGAUGUAGCUGAAGAAUAUGACAGUAAUCCUAAUGAUACAUCAGAUAACAGUGAUGCUUCAGAUGCAUCUGGCGGAAGUGGCAAGAAAGAAAAAGAAAAGAAGAAGAAGAAAGAAAAAUCUGCCAAGACAGUGUCAGAGAAGCCUAGAAAAUCUAGAAAAUCUAAGAAAGAAAAAGAUGAGAACAAACCAAAACGACCUCUGAGUGCUUACAUGAUAUAUAUGAAUAGUGUAAGGGAUGAAAUCAAAGCAAAAUAUCCUGACAAGAGCAUGAUAGAAAUUACCAAGAAGGGUGGUGAAAUGUGGAAAGAAUUAAAAGAUAAAUCAAAAUGGGAAGAAAAAGCAAAAGAAGCAAAAGAAGAUUAUCUCAAAGCCAUGGAAGAAUACAAAGCCAAUGGAGGAAGUAGUAGUUCAAAGAGUGCAGAAACUAAGAGUAAACCAGCCAAGAAAUCAUCAUCGUCAUCAUCAUCUAAGAAGAAAGACACGAAAAAAGAUUCCCCAAAAGUUUCAUCAUCUACUGGCUUUAAGAGUAAAGAAUUCAUCAGUGAUGGUGACAGCAGCAGCGAUGAUGAUGACCCCAAACAAAAAAGAAAACAUUCUUCCAGUGAAGCAGACAGUGAAGAAGAUAAAAAAGCUGCAAAGAAGGUGACGAAAAAAGCGAAGAAAGAAAGUGAAUCUGAAGCUAGUGAAGAAGAAUCUGAAGCCAGCAGUGGAGCUGACAGUGACUAAGACUUUCUUUAUAUGCUGGAUGUAUAAUCAGAGUAUUAGUAUAACUAUUAUCAUAAUGUACAAAGUUGUGAUUUAAAUUUGAAAUAUUUUGAUUUCAAAUUGUAAAAAUCUUCAGUUUUUUUACCUAAUUUACGUAUUUGUGUAUUUAAAAUACUUGUGUAUUAUUAAGUUCAAUUUCAAUUUUAAUUUUCCACAGUUAAAAUGGAGUCUUUUCAUAGGGUUAAUAAAUGUUAAAAAUCGGACAUAAUAUGGUUUCUUAUUACAAUAUAUUUUAUAACAAAGCAAUUCUGAAAUUUGUCUACAAAAAAUUACUAUUCUACUGUUUAUGUGAUAAAAGUAAUAUACACGAAAA